GUCCACUCAUAGCCGACUCACAUGCAAAAUUCAACCUGUCACACAUGAAGACACAAACGUCUCUCUUCCUCAGCUCAGUCAUUGCUGGAGAGGCUGACCCACAGGAUCAUCUUCAAACUGGACGACGCGGCGCUCGAGAUCAUCUGCGGACUGUACGGGAGGAACCAGAAACUGAAACUGACUCCGUCAGACGUCCAGUUUCUCCAGCCGCCGGGUGCCACGCCCUCCCGACAGCUGCGAAUCCUCGUUCCUCUGUGGGUCAGAGAGAUCCACGCGCUAUUCUUUUACUUUUUACAGUCGCUGUCAACGCUGGCUCUAAAACCAAAGUACGCGUCGCAGGAGACUCACAUACGUUUCCAAGUGCCUCAGAGUCUCCAGAAUAUGUGUCUGAGUGCAGGUCUCCCGGCUGAGCUCCAUCAGGACCUUCUCUUUCUCUACAUCAGACCUCACACUCAGGGCAGAGGCAUGGCUGUUUUCUCGGUGUCGCUGGCCGACUCCAGCGGUCGUCUAGUGCCGCCGCAACCCAGCGAGGUGUCGCCACGCGAGGGAGGGUGGAACCCUGCCAAUUUGGACCUCACUCUCUCGGUGUGCGCCCAAGGAACUGAGGCAGUACUGGAGGACGACCAGGAGUCUCCGGACAGAGAUGAAGGGUACCAGCUGAAGAUUGACAUAUGGGAAAAAGGCAACGUCGGAAUCACUGAUCUAUCGGCAAAGCUCCACCUCUGUUUGAAACAGGCUCUCUGCGACCACAUCUUGGAGUUGUACUUCCUACCGCAACCGAUUGCUCGUAUCGACGAAAUGCUUCAGUUUGAAGACUCUCCCUCGGCUACUAGUCCGUUUGUCGUCCUCGAGCCAUCGCCUCCGGAGCCCUCCCGCAGAGAAUCGCUGGACUCCCCACGGAGAACUCUCUUUGAAAAGGGCGAGGUCCGAGUCCCUAGCGCGCUGGGUUUUUUCCCACAGCGUUCCCACGAGAGUGGCGGGGUACUGUCCCCCGAUACCCCUGUUCAGGGCGAACCUCACCGGUCCCGCUGUGACACUGUCUCCGUAGCUGCAGCCAUGGACGACGUAUUCCACUCACUGGACACCUCGGGGAAGGACGACACCACUUUCGAUCCACCGUCCGAAGUGGCGUCCUCCACUGCUGGGCUCGAAGCUGCGUCGUCCACUGCAGGUCUUACGUGGCAGGAGAAGGAGCUGAACCGGAGAGAGACGGAGGCAAUAGACGCCUACCAGAGGGAGGCUCACCACGGGAGACAGGGAGUCCUGGAGAACACGUAUAGCUCUCUCAUCCCGCAGCAUUUCGCGGAGACUCGCCGACUCUCUUCGCGCUCCGUGGCACACUAUUCCUUCCCUCUCCUCGGGAGCUAUUCCUCCGAAGUGUUUCUCAACGAGACACUCAGUUUCUGCAGUGUCCUCUGUCCAGACCUGAGCCUCAGUGUCUUUAGACUGGGCUCCAAUGGUGUGUACGCUCACCACACCCCGCAGAAGACGUCGCGCAUUCGAUCGGCCGUCGAAGUGGAAGAGACAAAGUUUGUUGCUGUCGGAAGGAACCUGAGACAGUGGGACGAGGCUCGCUCGCCAGAUGUCGUGGAGAUCAGGCUCACUCAGCCGUGGAUUGAUGCCCAGACGAAGCAGUCACUCCAGAUGUUCCAUCCUCUGGACUCUAAGAAGAUCAGUAAGACUGUCGACUACCCUCUCACCAGCCUGGCCAAGGACAGACCCUGCUUCAUCCCUCGCCAGAGACUCCUCCUCCUCUCCCUCUCUCACAAAAUGGCUGAGCUGUGGCUGUACAACCUGUCUGAGGAACUGGUCACACAGAUGAGAAACCGGUUGGACGGGUUGAACAAGUGGCAGCAGACGAGGGUCGGAUUUCUCCAUCACCUCCUGGCCCAGAAGAUGGGGCUGUUUCAGCACACUCGCGCCCAGGACCUCCGCGAGUGGACGACACUUGCUGCCAAACACUGCUCCUCUCUGCAAGACACCGUAAUUCUCUACAGGAACCCAGCUCCCGUUUCAACUGCAUCGUCUCAGCGUCAGCAACGUCCCCAGCCCAUUCCGGCACUGGAAUCGCUGUACCAGGAGGCGGUCCCGACAGGCCACACCCCCCACACCAUGGACCCUGUCUACAACCACGGUCACCAGGUGAGGGAGAGCCACGCCCACUUCCGGAAGACCUACGAAAGCCGAGACUUGCUGGGGAAGGUUUUCACAUCUUGGCCGAACCAGAGUGGGGCGGGAGCUGUGCCUGUUGAGGCCUCUCUCAUCAGACAGCUAAAGAGACUCGCUCGUCUCCUUCACUUCUGCUCCUCCCGUCUCUCGCUCCGCCCACCUCCGGCUCCGCCCGGCCACACCCCCAUGCCCGCCCGUACGGCGUGGUUCGACGGAAUCCGCAACGAAGCCCUAUCUCAGUACAUACAGUAUCUGAAGACGCUAAACUUUGAGGAGAUCACCGAGCGGGCGUCGCCACAGCUUCAGCCGAGACGCGGCGGGGGCGGGAGCCACACCCCGACACGCCUUCCCCAGCCUUCCCCGCCCGUCUCUGCCCUCCCACACAAGUUUUACAAGUGCAUGCAGCGAUCGUGGACACACGGAAUAAUUCUCGUCGAGCUGACGUUUGUUGAGGAGAGAUUCGAUGUCAAACUACUGACACUGGAGAGCUCAAGACUCAACGGACAGAAAUCUCUCAAUCCUGAAGCCCACAGUCUGUUCUCCAGUGAGUGUGCCCGCUACAAGGACCUCAUCCACCUCCACUCCUUCAUGCACGACUUCCACCUCGGCGUGGUGCUGGGGAUGGUGAGCGGGGAGAGGGAGAUCCCUGAAUGGCUGGACCUGAAGGCCUUUCUCGAGCAGUUCACGAGAGAAAACAAGCAUCCACUAACCUUCAACAGACACAGACUAGAGAGAGGUCAGAUAAAGGUUCCGCUGCCCAGCGUGAAACCGACCCAACUCUACCACCACAUCCUAGCCCACUCUGACGUCUUCGACAUGCACACUCUGGAGUUGGGCCCCGCGGGGGGGACGUCAACGGGAUCCUCAUCAACCAGUAGCAUCUGUCUCCACAUCGACGUGUCUCCACAGAGCCUCGGUCCCACAACCUCCCCACAGCUCUCGAAACUCUUGCAAGACGCACACGAGAGCUACUCGAUCCACGUGGUGGCAAUGUGUGAGGACGCCAACCCUCACUGUCUCGUUCUUGCCUUCUACCUCCUCCUCGUGAACCUCCGGGACAAGUUCCCGAGACUCACACGGGAUCAUCACUCCAGUAGCAUCAUCCUCGCUCCCCUCUCUAGCCAGUAUAACAUUCUGCCGAGCCCCGACGAACUGGCGCAACAGAGUUCGGAAACGGAGCUCCACCUGAGCGUGAGGAAGCGCAGGAUGAAACUCGGGCUGGACCCGCACCAGCGGUCGGUUUCGUCGCAGCUGGUGGUCGACGGGGCUCUGAUAGCGGAGCACAUGCGGAGUCUCCAGGGACACUUUGAGGGCGUGGUGAAGAACGCACUGCACCACAUGAAAAGAGACGAACUGUGGAAACGAAUGCUGUACGGAGGACAUAAGACCGAUCCUUCCAAACCAGCCAUGAUGCAGGCGUCAUUCGAGCAGUUGAGAUGUGACGAAUUUCGAGAUCUCCUUCGACUGGUUACCGUGUGUCCACUGGAGAAACUGGACCCCCAGCUAUCGGCCCUCCGCAGACAGACCAAGAAAUGGUUCCGCCGUCUCAUGAGUGCAAUGAAGAUCAGGUUCUCAGAGAGUGUCCGAGUCUACAAGACUGAGAGUGAAAACUACUUUUUUACUGUGGUAAUUAACCCCGACUGGGCUGAUAUGGUUGUCCUGGCUCAGUCCGACAGAGACGGAAAGUCACAGGGAAUGUACGCUGUCUACCGCAAGCCAAAGGAAGGUAGUUUGGUCCCGCAAGACCAGAGGCCCCUCACGGCUCACGUGGAGGCCGACCGACAACACAUUGAAAACAUCGUCAAUUUCUGCUGCUGCUAUCUGUGGGCCAGUAUGCUUGACAGUACCCCUCCCCAACCUCAGUUGAAUCUACUCUAAAUGUUAUGUAGUGUGUGUGAUGAUGCGUGACCCCACCACCCGCCAAUUUUUUAAAAUAACUGCGCAUGCGCAUAUAUACGUCACAUUGUGGGGUUUUCCCUUCAAACGUCUUGAUUGCCACGUAUGCAAGGUUGACAAAACUGUGUGCACGUUGCUUGCUUUUCCGUUGGUAUAUAGCUGCGACAGAGAUGAGAGGCCGCAGAGAGCGAGAGUUUUCUGCACAGACUAACUCCUCCCCCCCAGCCCAAGGCUCUACAGCGGCUGCUGCAGGAGUCCCUGUCGGUGCUGUCUCACUGGUACUACGACAGUCACGGAGGGGGAGAUGAGACGGGGAAGGUAGGAGACGACGGGGGAGAAGGGAUUCCGCUCGUUCAGCUGUCUUCAAGCCCGGCUCCUAGACUCCAUCCCACUGCUGAGAGCUGUCUCUCUUCGCUCAGAGCCGGGACCGCCUCCAUUGCGACUGGUGGCGCCUCUCCCGACUUCCUCAACCUACCUGUCGGUGUUCAUCUGCACAUAUUCUCCUUCCUGGACGCCAGAUCUCUCUGUCAACUGGCGCAGACCUGUGGGUACAUGCACAACUUGACCCCUGACCCCUUGCUCUGGACGCGCCUCCUAGAGAGGGACGUGCAGUGCUGGAACGUGAUUGGUCACCUCUCGCACCCCCAGGUGUACCACGAGGUCUCCUCUGACCUCAGCCCGAAGCAGAUCUAUUGUCGUUGUCUGUGUCAUCGGGACAGGAGGCCACGGCAGUCGUUUGCCUACCCCAUCACCGGCCGACUCCGUUCCCUGUUCCGCAAGAUCCAGGGCCACGUUCCACGUCUGCUCAUGUUUGGUUCCGGACUGGAGUCCGUCCCGCUGGUCCGCUCCAUGCUGUGGGAGGCUGACUCUCCGUAUCAUCCCAUCGGCCUCUCCCCUGGCAAAGACGGUGUUGGAAGUGGUGUUUGCAUUCAGCACCGAGACACUGCAGUCAACUUGAUCACUCUCUAUACUUCCACCAGAGCAGAGAGGGAGGCAGCUAAUGCAGGGCAGCGGGCCAGAGUCAACAAACUCAUGUCAGCAGUCAGCAGUGGGCAGACAGACAGAGAAGGAGAAAGGGAGGGAGAACUGACUCCAGCAUUACAACAGCUCUGCAGAGAGUCUGAUGCAGCCAUACUUGUUGUGGAUGCUGGUCACUUCAAUGAAGACACAGUGAAACGUGGACUGCCUGAUGCUACAGUCAGUGCUCUCUGCCAACACCCUCCAGACCACACCCCUCCUCGUGUUGUCAUGCCAACCAAAUGAAACCUCAAACGACGACAAUUCGGCAGUGUGUCAGUCGGUCAUGGAGGUUGCUAAUGGACUACAGCUCUGUGACUUGCAUCAACCGUGGCAGGUGAGGUCCCUAGUCCCGAAGCAGUACCAAUCCCUGCAGGCCGGAAUGGACUGGCUCCUAGGAGCUGCUAACCUUUGACCUAACGCACACACCACCAUUGUCUUCUAAAUGUGAAAAAGAACUACAUUAUGAUCGAUGUCAAAAAAAACUGUUAAUUUAAAAUGUUCUACAAUGAGUGGUGGCUGGAGUCAUGCUAGAGGGGGGUUUCCCUGUGAUGUCAUAGAAUGUGUUUUGCGGCAGCUGUUUUGAUGACUUUUGCCGCCUUUUCCAACUCGUCCUCGGAGAGCUCCACACACACUGUCACUCUCAGACU